AUGGAUCACGUACCGGAUAGGAAUGAGAAGGAGGAGGAAUCGAGGAUCGGCGAAGCGGCGGAAGACAGUGUUUGGCGGGAAGGAAAAUCGGCGAGAAAAGACGAGAAAGCGAUCAGCGGAAGCAGGUACCCCUCUCUUUUCCUAGGAUACCUCAUGGAAGACGAAGACCCAGCAGGAGAAGAAGAUUUUGUAGAGGAUGGUACUAGGAACAACAACCACUCGGUUCAACCUGAACAGGACUCGGGGCCAGUUGUUGUGGAAGAUCAAAUUGAUCUCUCAAAAGCUAUGAAUAUGCUUCGUGAAGAAAUAGAAGCUGUCAAGAAAGCCCGAGAAAUAGACGCUCAGGAGCUUGAAGUACUCAGGAGAGAAAAUGCCAAGUUGAGAAGCUUGAACAGAACUUGGAACCCUACUGAACAACCCAACAAUGAGGCCUCCUCAUAUCACGUACCGACAACUCCAAAAACACACGUUCCUCUCAUGCAGUUAUCAACCAUUCCUAGGAAACCUCCUUCUCGGAUAGUGGCAACACCCGACUCAUACAAGCACCCUUUCACUCAAAACAUUAUGGAGACAACCAUAUCUGAUAGUUGGAGAAACCUUCCUUUAGAGAAGUACGAUGGAUCCUCAGAUCCCGAUGACCACUUGAAUGCAUAUCUCACACAGGUUACCUUUCUAACAACAGAAGACGCUGCUUUGUGUCGCCUCUUCCCCACUUCACUAAAAGGACGAGCAUUGAGUUGGUUCAUUAAGCUUUCCCCCAGCUCCAUAAAUUCAUUUGAAGAACUAACAUCUUUAUUUACAGUACAAUUUGCUACAAGCAGACCUUACCAACUGACAUCAUUGGCGUUGGCCAACAUCAGACAGGAAAAGAAGGAAUCCUUAAGGUCAUUUAUGGAUCGUUUUAACAAAAUCGCAAUGGAGAUAAAAAACCUGAACCCAGCUGUCGCAAUGGAUAGGUUGAACACAGCGUUGAAACCCGGACCUUUUGUAGAUAGUAUAUGCAAAAAACCUCCGUUGGAUAUGAAUAACUUGAGGAGAAGGGCUGAAAAAUACAUGAAAAUGGAGGAAUUAACUGAAUCAAGAAAUCAAGCUAGAGCCGAGGCUAUGCCAAUUGAGAAGCAAGAAAGAAUCUAA